UUGUAUUUGUGUCUUUGGAAACAGAGUCAACAUAAGCUGCUUAAAUUUAAAGUGAAAUUUCUACCUAAUCCAUCUAACUCCUCGUUGGAAGAAUGCUCAAUGAGCUUUCCUACACCAAGCUUAAGCUGCUAUUCAUCAAUGUCUUUGCCAUGCUGCACAGUGCCACUUAUUUAAAUGUAUAUCGUUUAUAUGCAGACUUGAAAAACGUAAAAACUGGCGUGGAUAGCUCUAACGAGGAGAUAUGGAUCAGGGAGAUCUUCAUCUUUCUUAUCAGUGGACUCAUUGUGGUGCGCUUUUUCCUGUGUUUUGUCGGUUUGGCUUCGAAUAUUGUGGCCAUAUACCCCAUUCUAACCAACUCCCAGGCUGAGCUGCUUAUGCCCACCAUCAUAGUGCAGGCCAUCGACAAUGUCAUCCUAAAUCUCUACGAGAUUAUUUUGGGCUAUGGUUGUUUGUGCUAUCUGUAUCCUGAUAGUACGGCAGUAUUUAUCUUCUUCCUUAUUAAAAUGGCAGUCAAGAUCGGCGGCAGCAUCUCGGCCUUGAAUAUUUAUUCGGAUCAACACAAUCACUUGGCCACUCUAAUCACCUUCAACGAGGAAUUGCACAGUUUGGGACCAGACAGUGUGGAUGAAGUGGAAUUGACUAACCAAAAUUUAAAUCCAUCUUAGCUUUGUGUAUAACUUAUACACAUUCCCAAUAGAAUCGAAUCAAAUAUUAA